AUGCAAUUCUCUACUGUCGCUUCCGUCGCUGCCGUCGCCGCUGUUGCCUCUGCUCAAGCUAACAUCACCACCGCUACUGCUACUCAACACACCACCACUUUGGUCACCAUCACCGACUGUGAAGAACACAUCUGUUCCGAACACGUCUCCCCAGCUUGGGUUUCCACUGCUACCGUCACCGUCAACGACGUUGUCACCAAGUACACCACCUGGUGCCCAAUUGAGACCACCACCGCUGCUCACAACUCUACUGCUAAGCCAGCUCCAACCACCGGUAAGCCAGCUCCAUCCUCUUCUGCUUACCACAACACUACCAUGACCAAGUCUGGUACCUCUGCUCACUCUUCCACCAAGACUGUCACCUCUUACACUGGUGCUGCCGCUAAGGCUCUACCAGCUGCCGGUGCUUUGUUCGCUGGUGCCGCUGCUUUGUUGUUGUAA